UACAGUUACAGCGGAACAGGUUUCUCCAGUCUAUGCUCAGUUCCCCGGAGACAUGAGCAGAGACGAGAUUCACCUGGAUAUGUGGCGAUCACGAAAGAUAUUGACUGAGUCCGCCCAGUGUUUUCUCUGUCAGAAGGAACACGCCACGGAUGUUCCAAAACCUUUCAUAUCCGCACAGGACCUUGACUUAAAAUAUCUCAGAGUGCCGCGCUCGGAACUGGAUUCGCAGUCUCCGCGGACGGGUUCAGCGUUGAAAGUUGCAGCUAACGCGAUAGACUCAGCGGCAACGUGGUUUUAAUGCACCGUGAAAAUCUUUCUCGGCAACCAGCCAGUGCCAGUUCCUCGGUAACUCGCGGCUUCCCUCCUUCAUUCACGCCUGAAAACAGUAACAGCAACCAACUGUUUCUAUACUUCGUCAAUUCCUUGUGAACAGUCCGACUGCUCAGAAAUGAGUAGCCUCAGCUUGCCGGGGAACAUGAGGCGAGGGGGUUCAGACACAAACCUUAACAUCAGCAUGAUGAAUGGCCUGCUAGACUUCCAGAGUGACAGCCUGACAACAGACAAGCUGAAGCAGAAGGUCUUGAAGGUGACGGAGCAACUGCGGAUUGAGCAGGAGAUGCGGGAUGCCAACGUGGCUGAGUAUCUGAAACUGGUGAACAAUGCUGACAAGCAGCAGGCACGCCGCAUUAAGCAGGUCUUCGAGAAGAAGAACCAGAAGUCUGCCCAGAACAUCGCCCAACUGCAGAAGAAGUUUGACCACUACCACCGCAAGCUGAGGGAGGAGGAGCAGAGUGGGCCCAGGAUCUCGAGGGAGGGGUUGAGGGGCUCGCAGCAGAACAUGAGGGACGUGGACGGCAGCACCACACGGCUCACCACCAGCACUGCAGGAGGACUGGGACUGGAGACCGGGCGUGGCCUUCCAGGGCUGACCCUGACACCACCAGCAUUCGUCUUCAGCAAGCCGCGGGAGAUUGCCAACCUGAUCCGUAACAAGUUCGGCAGCGCCGAUAACAUCGCCCACCUGAAGAGCAACCUGGACGACUUCCAACGGGACCCCGGGCACCGUGCUCUGAGUGGCAGUGCCGUGCUUGUGUCCAAGGUCAAGUACACCAGUGACGAUGACGGCUCCAGUGGCAGUGUCUCUGGGGACAGCAAUGGCAACUCCGACUUUGUGGUUAAAGGGGCAGCCAGCCCAAAGUCUGGCUCAUUGGAGAGGGAGCGGAGCAGGCUGUCCGGCGUUCUGGAAGAACUCCGAGAGAUGAAAGAAACGCAAGCACAGCUGUCAGAGGCUAUGGAGAAUUUAAAGGCUCAGUUUAACAGAGAGUAUAGCAUCGUCACGCAAACACUACAGGAGGAACACUACAGGUUGGCAAGUUUGGAAGAUCAGCUGAAUGACCUUUCUGAGCUUCAUCAGCAUGAGACAAUGAACCUAAAGCAAGAGCUGGCAAGCAUUGAGGAAAAAGUUGCCUAUCAGUCAUAUGAAAGGACUCGUGAUAUUCAGGAAGCACUGGAGUCGUGCCAGACACGCCUCGCCACCCUGGAGUUACAUCAACAGCAGCAGCAGGUGGUGCAGAACGAAAAUGCCAAUGCCAAGGUGUUGCUGGGGAAAUGUAUCAAUGUUUUACUGGCCAUCAUGACCGUCAUCCUUGUCUGUGUCUCUACAGUUGCCAGAUUCAGCAUUCCUCUCAUGAAGAGCCGUUUGCACAUCGUGUGCAUGCUCUGUACAGUGAUAUUCGUUCUCAUCUGUUGGAAAAAAUGGGAUCAGCUUCAGUGUCUAACAGAACAUAUUUUUGCAUAUCAACUGUGAUUUCAAAUUCAUGUCAAGUAAAUGUUACUUUGAAAUUAAAGAAAAAAUCUAGAUAAAGGAAUUUAUAACACUAUUUCCACCUUGAUUACCAACAUUAAAUAGGAUUUGGAAAAUGGUUAUUUGACGUGUGCAGUAUAUUACUUAUUGCAAGAUCCUCUCUAAGAUCUGUUCCUGCUACAGCCCAGAGCCAAUGCCUCAAGGUGUCCUUUUACCUUUUGCUGAUUGUCAUUUCUUGUAUGAAAUGAUCUUUUGAACAGAAUUGACUACCAAGAAAUGAAGCCAUCGCUGGUUUUUAAUCACAUAAUAUUUUAUAGACCAACCAGAAACCAGCAAAAGUGGGGUGAGAAGAACGCAACAAGAGUAGAUGCCUGUACUUUAUGUCAUUAAAGAGGGAGAGCCAAUCAAUGGACAAUGAUUGAACAGUGAAAAGUUCAUGUGAUGACUGCCUUUCCACUCAGCUACGUCUAAGUGAUCUUUUCCACCAUCUUACUGAGCUUCGAGGCUUACAUCUAUCAGGAAAUAAUACUUUCUACAAAACCAGUUCUGUAAAUAAACACUUCUAUGCCAGCUCUGUGGUAAAUCUGUCCAGUAAAUGUAUUCACUCUAAUUUUUAUCUGUACACCUGCUGGACUACAAGAGAAUUAAUACCUCAGUGCUAUGUACCUGUUAAGUAGUUGUCAUAUGUAAUUACUUUGGCGAGAUCAAUUUGAAUACACUAGUAUUGUGUAGUCAACUUUUAAGUCUCAUGAAGUACACUUAAUUGUAGCUCUUAUAGAAAUUAUCUUAAGUUUAUGCUUUUAAAUGUAUGGACGUAUAUUUAUGUGCAGGGAAGUACAAUCUCUGUCUAACCAGAAGUGCUCAGAACCAGGCCUGUUAUUGUGCUGAAAGGCAAAUAUAUUCAAUACAAGAACAGUUAGAUCAUAUUUAAUCAUACAUGGGUUUGGCUUUGUCUCACCUGCCCUAAUGAAGAGUUAUAGAGGGGUGGGAAACAGUGCCAGAAUAGAUAGUGGAGUGGUUGUGGAGAAAGACGUUAUUAAGCAUAUAUACAAGGUCAGGAAUGAAAAGGUUGAGCAGGGUGGGACUAGUAUUCUGACCUGCAUGUAUUCCAAUAUAAGGAAUCUUAUAGGAAAGCCGAAUGAGCCUAGGGCAUGGAUCAGCACAUGGAAUUAUGAUGCUGUAGCCUUUUUUGAGGAGGGGCAGGACUGGCAGAUCAAAGUCCCAGACUUCCGUUGCUUUAGAUGUGAAAGAGCAGGAGGUAUUAAAGGGGAGGAGGGGACAGACUGGAGAGCUUGUCUAGUGAGGCUUUAUGGUAGAAACUGAGGAAUAACAAAGGUGUGACCACAGUAAUGGGAUUGUAUUAUAGUCCAUCCAACAGUUUGCAGGAUUUAGAGGAGCAAAUUUGCAGAGAGAUCGCAGACUGUUGCAAGAAACAUAAGGUUGUGAUAGUAGGUAAUUUUAACUUUCCACAUGUUAACUGGGACACCUAUACUGUAAAAGCACUGGAUGGAAAAGUUUAUCAAAUAUAUUCUGGGAAGUUUUCUUAUUCAAUACAUAGAAGUCCCAACUAGAGAGAAUGGGAUACUAGAUUUCCUGUUGGGGAAUGAGAUACAGCAGGUAACAGAAGCUUGUGUAGGUGAACACUUUGCAUCUAGUGAUCAUAAUGCCAUUAGUUUCAAAGUAAUUAUGUUAAAGAUUAGGUCUGGUCCUCGGGUUGAGAUUCUAACAUGGACAAAGACCAAUUUUGAUGGUAUCAGAAAGGAUAUGGCAAGUGCGGAUUGGGACAGAUUGUUUUCUGGCAAUGGUGUACUUGGUAAAUGGAAGACUUUCAAAAGUGAAAUUUUGAGAGUACAUAUUUUGUAUGUUCCUAUCAGAAUAAAAGGUAAAGAUAAAAGAUUUAUGCAGUCUUGGUUUUUGAGAGAUAUUGAGGCCCUGGUUAAGAAAAAGGAGGAGGUACACAGCAGGUAUAGGCAGGCAGGAACUAAUGAUGUAUUUGAGGAGUAUAAGAAAUGCAAAACAACACUUAAGAAGGAAAUCAGGAGGGCUAAAAUAAAGCAUGAGGUUGCUCUAGCAGACAAGGUGAAGGAGAAUUUGAAGUGCUUCUAAAGGUAUAUUAAGAGCAAAAAAGAUAGCAAUUGGUCCUCUGGAAGAUCAGAGUGGUCAUUUAUGCAUGGAGCUGAAAGAGAUAGGUGAGAUCUUAAAAUGGAUUUUUUUCAUCUGUACUUACUCGGGAAAUGGACACAGAAUCUGUAGAUGUGAUAAAAUUCAGCAAGGAGGUCAUGGAUCCUAUACAGAUUAGAGAGGAGCAGGUGUUUACUGUCUGAGGCAAAUUAGGAUGGAUAAAUCCAUAGGACCUGACAAGGUGUUCCCUUGUAUGUUGUGGGAGACUAGUGCAGAAAUUGCAGGAAUUGUAGCAGAGAUAUUUAAAGCAUCUUUAGCUAUAGGCGAGGAUAGCUAAAGUUGUUCCAUUGUUUAAGAAAGGCUCUAAGAAUAAGCCAAGAAAGUACAGGCCAGACAUCAAUAGUGGGAUAAUUAUUGGAAAGUAUUCUAAACAACUGGAUAUAUAAGUAUUUGGACAAAAAAGGAUUCAGUAGGGAUAGUCAACAUGGCUUUAUGCAAGGUAAGUUGUCUCUAACCAAUUUUAUAGAGUUUUUUGAGGAAGUUACCAAGAAAUUUGAUGAAAGCUUUCUACAUGGACUUUA